UUUCUAUAGAUAUAUUUUGGCUAUGGAGGUCAUCUGGUCUGUUAUAUCAGGUAACUAUUCCGAUAACAUCCUGGGAUAGUUCGAGAAAUGGACGAGCCAGGUUGUGGAAUGCUGGAAUGUGGAGACACCAAGAUCUAUACUGUCGAUCAACCGCUUCUAUCAACAGUGAAUCCACCUCUAUCAACAACAAAUACACCUCUAUCCAUACACCACAGCAGUCAAUUCACUGGAAAGGCAUUGCCUAAGAUUCCACAUCGCACUAAUGAGAAUAGCAUGAUGGCGACAUAUCUUCCAACCCCUCAGUCCGUCUUCCCCUCACCCAUCCAACAACACCCAUCAUGCCCCGUUACCGCACCGUCGCCGUGAUUGGGACCGGUCCCUCGGGCAUCUCAGCCCUCCGUGCCCUGCACGACGAGCAGGCCUUCGACACCAUCCGCGCCUUUGACCGACGCGAUGGACCCGGGGGAAUGUGGAAUUACGAUCCCAUCCCGCAGCCCUUCCCAGGGCCGGAUCCUCCAUCCUCGACUCCGCGUCCAUCUCCGCCGGCCACUCUACCCGGGUAUACCCCUCCGGCGCCUGAAGACGUCACCGUCCGUACGGCGCUCUACCCCUACCUGGACAGCAACGUCGGGGCGGACAUCAUGUCCUUCACUCACACGCCGCUCCCCAACGUCAACUCAGAGACAUCAAUCCAGCGAUACGGCCCGGACAACCCCACUCGCCCGUGCACGGCGAUCACCGCGUAUCUCAAAUCCCUAGCCCAGGAGUUCGUCGACACCCCGUCCCUCAUCUCCUUCAACACGACCGUCGAAAGCGUCGACAAGAACCCCGACACAGGGAAAUGGACGCUGACGCUGCGCCGCCCGGACCCAGCCAGCCAGCGCGACUACUGGUGGCAGGAGUCGUUCGACGCCGUCGUCGUCGCAUCAGGCCACUACCACAUUCCGUCCGUGCCAGCCAUCCCCGGCCUCGACAGCGUCGCGCCCUCUACCCUCGAACAUGUCAAGUCCUUCCGUAGCCCCGACCCCUACCGCGACCAGAAAGUGAUCGUCGUCGGAGGGAACUACUCCGCCGCAGACCUCGUCAUCGACCUCCACGACAUCGUCCAGCACCCACUAUACGUCUCCCGCCGCGGUAACACUGACAUCUUCCCAGGCGUCUGGCACCUCCCAGGCGUAAUCAUCACUCCGCCCAUCGCACGGGUCGAGCCCUCCUCCCCAUCAUCAAACUCGAUAAACGUAACUUUCACAGACAACACAACCCUAGAAAACAUCACCAAAAUCAUCUUCGCAACAGGCUACACCCUCUCCUACCCCUUCCUGCACCCAAACCCCGUAACCUCCCACAACCACCUCACAGGCUUCUACCAACACAUCUUCCAAAUAGGCGACCCCUCCCUAGCAAUCAUAGGCCAAGUACGGGGGUCCCUCCCGCUGCGCGUCUACGAGUACCAAGCAGUAGCAGUAGCGCGCUACUUCGCCAACCGGAACGCGGUAUCUCUCCCGUCCGAGGAGGAGCAGCGCGCGUGGGAGAAGGAGAGAUUGCGGAGGACGGGUGCGUCUGUGCUGUUCCAUGAGCUUGGGGAUGGCGUGGGGGCUUAUUAUGAGUUUUGUCGUGCGUUGGCGGGGCGGCCUGCGGUGGGGACUAAAGGGUAUGAGUUACCUCGUUUUGGGGAUGAUUGGGUGAGGGUUGGGUUGGGGGUGUUGAGGGCGAAGAAUGAGUUUUGGGGGGUGGUUGCGAGGGGUGGAGUGGGGAUGGAUGUCCUUACAUCGGACCUAGCUGGGGAUGAGGGACCACGAAAUUCGAGGCAAGCUGUCCAAAGUUACGAAUACCUUGUGCUAUCCAGUCCUGCCAAUGGGGCAGACAGUCCCUCGUCGGGUCUAUAG